GAUCGAUUUAAUAGGAAUGUAUAGCAAUUUGACAUUGUGGCGUCCUAUAAAGUUAACCUUUCAAGACUUAGCAAGACGGAAACAGAGCAGCCAUUACAGAGCACUAACGAAAUCCUCCAAACCCAUUUCCAUGGAAGAUUUGAAGCCAAGACCUCCUAAUUCCGCUCCCCUCACUCCCAUUGGCUUCCUCGAGAGAGCCGCCACCAUCUACGGCAACUUUCCGUCCAUCAUCUACGGCGACACAACCUACACCUGGUCGGAGACUCACCAUCGAUGCCUUCAACUCGCCUCUUCCCUUUCCUCCUCCGGCAUCCAGAGAGGCCACGUCGUCUCCGUCAUCUCUCCCAACACUCCCCCCAUGUACGAACUCCACUUCGCUGUUCCCAUGGCCGGUGCCAUUCUCAACACUAUCAAUACCCGCCUCGACGCUCGAACCAUCUCCACACUUCUCUUCCAUAGCGAAUCGAAACUCGUCUUCGUCGAUCAAGCCUAUUGUGCUCUAAUCUCCGAUGCAUUGGCCUUGUUUCCACCGGAGACGAAUCCGCCGUCGCUCGUCCUCAUCGACGACGAUGCUGCGGCGGAGGAAUCGCUGUCGUCCUCUGUUUCAAUUCGCAUCGAUUUUUUCGAUUCGUAUGAGGAAAUGAUUCAAAAAGGAGAUUAUAAGUUCCAGUGGAUUCGGCCGAUUAGUGAAUGGGAUCCGAUCGUUCUAAACUACACCUCUGGAACCACGUCGUCGCCGAAGGGAGUGGUUCACUGUCACAGAGGAGUUUUCAUAGCUGCUUUCGAUUCGCUUCUCGAAUGGGGCGUUCCGAAGAAUUCAGUUUAUUUAUGGACAUUAUCGAUGUUUCACAUCAAUGGAUGGAGUUUUUCCUGGGGAAUCGCCGCCGUUGGUGGCACAAAUAUAUGCAUUAGAAAAUUCGAUGCGGCGUUGAUUUUUUCCCUAAUUCGUCGCCAUCACGUCACACACAUGUGUGCAGCUCCGGUGGUGUUGAAUAUGCUAACGAACUCUUUGGAUAACCGAUCGCUUGAUCGGCCGGUCAAGAUUCUCACUGGCGGAUCACCGCCACCUGCGGCGGUUUUGUUCCGCAUUGAAUCGUUAGGGUUUGAUGUUACUCAUGGAUACGGAUUGACGGAGACAGCGGGGAUGGUGAUUUGCUGCUCUUGGAAGACAGAGUGGAACCGGCUACCGGCGAUAGUGCAGGCGCGGUUGAAAGCGCGGCAAGGUGUGAGGACUGCAGCGGUGGCGGCGGUAGAUGUGGUUGAUUCAAAGACUGGAAAGAGUGUGAAACAAGACGGAGUUUCGAUUGGAGAGAUUGUUGUGAGAGGAGGAUCGAUCAUGGUUGGGUAUUGGAAAGAUCGAGAAGCAACGGCAAAGUCGAUAACCGACGAGGGGUGGUUCCUUACCGGAGAUGUUGGAGUGAUGCAUCCUGAUGGAUAUUUGGAGAUCAAGGACCGAUCGAAGGAUGUGAUUAUAAGUGGCGGAGAGAAUUUGAGCAGCGUUGAGGUAGAGUCGAUUUUGUACACGAAUCCAACCGUGAAUGAGGCGGCGGUGGUGGCGCGACCGGAUGAGUUUUGGGGGGAGACGCCGUGUGCGUUUGUGAGCUUGAGAGAAGGAUUGACUCGAAAGCCGACGGAGGAGGAGAUUAUUGAGUAUUGCAGAGGGAAGCUGCCGCGAUUUAUGGUGCCGAAGACGGUGGUGUUCGUGGCGGAGCUGCCAAAAACAUCGACCGGAAAGAUCAAGAAAUAUGUGUUGAAGGAAAUGGCCAUGUCAAUAGGGCCUAAACCAAGCCGUUUGUGAAGA